GGCACGGCAUAGCUGAAAACCGCCAGCGGAACAAAUGAAAACGAAAACUACUCUUUCAUGUGGAUUAAUUCAGAGGCGAGACACCCACUCGAAGUGAGAAGCCCUUUAAGCGAAAUUGAACCGACUGACGAGGAUUGGGACAUUUGCUACUGUACGAUAACACCGCCGGAUGGUCUCUCCUGCCCCGCCGCUAAGGUUGCUGGCUAAGAGGAACAGCCGAUAAUGCACGGCAUCUGCUCUGCAGCCACACCCACUUCCUGCUUGUAGAGGAAGCGGCUGUGCCAGCAUGUCCUCUCAUCCCCAGUCUGUGCCGCCGGGCCGGAGGACUGUGGACACACGGCACCUGCCAAACCCUGCCACUCUACCACUGCAGCUGCAGCGGGCACACACGGAAAUGGGACUGGUUGACUACCACUCUCAUCAUGCCAGGGACUACAGCUCGCACCUGGCCCAGCCUCAUCGCCGUCGGCCUUCCUUACUUUCAGAGUUCCAGCCUGGGAAUGAAAGAGGACAAGAGCAGCAUAUCCGCUAUGAGCACAUCUACCUACCAGACCCUAGCAGCCAAUCGGAGGUGGAGUAUGAGAUGAAACGGCCUCGUUUAGACAUGGGACCAGAGUCUCUGAUGAGGCCCUCGUCUCAUCGGGCUCAGCUGCCUAUGGGAGGAGCUGAGGAUAUGGCAAAGGAGCGUGGGAGUUCCAUGGGGAAGCUGGAGCCAAUCUCCCCAGUGAGCCCAGUGCACAUGGACCCCGAAUUGGAUCUGGUGCCGGCUCGCUUCUCCAAGGAGGAGCUGAUUCAGAACAUGGACCGGGUGGACAGGGAGAUCACUAUGGUGGAGCAGCAGAUCUGCAAGCUUCGCAAGAAACAGCAACAGCUGGAGGAGGAGGCUGCAAAACCCCAUGAGCCAGAGCGGCCCAUUUCACCACCACCCAGUGAGGCCAAGCACCGCAGCCUGGUGCAGAUCAUCUACGAUGAAAACAGGAAAAAAGCAGAGGAGGCUCACAGGAUACUGGAGGGACUGGGACCCAGGGUAGAACUGCCUCUGUACAAUCAGCCUUCUGAUACCAAGCAGUACCAUGACAACAUCAAAAUAAACCAGGCGAUGAGGAAGAAGCUCAUCUUAUACUUCAAGAGGAGAAAUCAUGCUCGUAAGCAGUGGGAACAGAAAUUUUGCCAGCGCUAUGACCAGCUGAUGGAAGCCUGGGAGAAGAAGGUGGAGCGCAUAGAGAACAACCCGCGGCGCCGAGCCAAGGAGAGCAAGGUGCGGGAAUACUACGAAAAACAGUUCCCAGAGAUCCGCAAGCAAAGAGAGAUGCAGGAGCGCAUGCAGAGCCGUGUUGGGCAACGAGGAGGUGGGCUGACCUCAUCUGCAGCUCGCAGUGAGCAUGAGGUCUCUGAGAUCAUUGAUGGGAUAUCAGAGCAUGAGAACACAGAGAAGCAAAUGCGACAGCUUGCGGUCAUUCCUCCCAUGCUGUUUGACGCUGAGCAGCAACGCAUCAAGUUCAUCAACAUGAAUGGAUUGAUGGAUGACCCCAUGAAGGUGUACAAGGACCGGCAGGUCAUGAAUAUGUGGAGCGAACAGGAGAAGGACACUUUCAGAGAGAAAUUCAUUCAACACCCAAAAAACUUUGGUCUGAUUGCAUCUUUUCUGGAGAGAAAGACGGUGGCAGAGUGUGUGCUGUUUUACUAUCUGACCAAAAAGAAUGAAAACUACAAGAACAUAGUGCGGAGGAACUACAGACGCCGGGGAAGAAGCCAGCACGGCCAGCAGCAACAGCAGCAGCAACAAGUGAACCGGAGCAGCCAGGAAGACAAGGAGAAGGAGGAGAAAGAGAAGGAGGGAGAGAGGGAUGAAGAAAAAAAUGAAGCCGAAGACAAGGAAGAUGGAAUGAAGGAUGACACCUCUGGAGAAGACGCAGAGGACAAAGAGCCUACAGUGGCUUCCAAGGGUCGACGCACAGCCAACAGCCAGGGGCGCCGCAAAGGCCGCAUCACCCGCUCUAUGACCAGUGAAGUGGAGGAGACCACCACACCACCUCUCAACAAUGAGCUCGCCAAUCUGGAGAUGAAUGAGAGCUCUCGCUGGACUGAAGAAGAGAUGGAAACUGCCAAAAAAGGCCUUCUCCAAUAUGGUAGGAAUUGGUCUGCCAUCGCGAAGAUGGUGGGAUCAAAAACAGUGUCUCAGUGCAAGAACUUCUACUUCAACUACAAGAAGAGGCAAAAACUGGAUGAGAUUCUGCAGCAGCAUAAAAUGAAAUCGGAGAAGGAGCGAAAGGCCCGUCGUAGGGGGAAAGCCCUACAAAAUGAGGAGGCCAGUGCCCCUUACACAGCAGAGGAGGAAGAGAUGGAGGGUUCAGGGGCCAGUGGUAAUGAAGAGGAGGCCGCUGAAGAUGGAGAAGGUGGAGCGAAUAACAGCUCUGACACAGAGAGCUUGCCUUCACCACAUUCAUCAGAGGACAGCAAGACUAAGGAGGAGGGCUCGGGCAGGUCUAAGGCCAGCUCCAAUGCCGGGGACAAGGAGGGAGACAUGGGCCAGGCCGGGGAUGAGAAACCCCCAGUCAAAGAAGAUGCAGACACAUCUAUCAAACAGGAGAUAAAGACUGAGAUAGGGGAACCUAACAGGGAGCAGCUGCAGCCGCCACCCAGCGAUGCCACUGACAAGAAACCUCCUAUAGCAGAGACUGAGGAAGUCAAGAGCUCCACUAAGAGCUCCAAGAAGGACCAUGGGACCAAAACAGGCUCCCAUGGGGACAGUGACUCUAGUGCCACUUGCAGCGCUGAUGAGGUGGAAGAGACAGACAAUACAGAUAAAAACAGAAUGACUUCUCCACGGCCAAGCCUGCUGAACUACGCUCAUGAUGGGGUCAUAUCCUCCUCGCUGCAGAAGCCCAUGGACCUCAAACAGCUCAAACAGAGGGCUGCUGCUAUACCGCCUAUUAUGCCAGAAGCGUCUGUACAGGGCAGUCAGCGGAGUGGGGGCAAGGGUGUGCUGCCCCCCCACGCCCUGGCACUGUACCAGCAACAGAUCACCAUGGCUCAUGGGGAGUCCUCUCAGGAGGUCAAACAACAACUGCAGCUGCAGCAGCAGCAGCUUUCAGGCCAGUCGGGCAAACAGCAGCCUUACACCUCGCAGGCAGACAGAGACAGGGAGGCUCUUCACAGCAGCAGCCCUCGUGUCCGCCCACGCAGCCCCUCCGCCGGCGACAAGGAUGAGCUGGAAGGCAACGAGAGGUGGUUACUGACCCUCCUGCAGGGAUUAAAAAAGUCCCGGUCCUUCUCUCCGCAUGGUGACGCCAAGCGGCAGGCAAUGGGCCCUGAUGACCUGAGGACCUCUAACUUGGGUCGGCCAGUUCUAUCCCCUUACCCCAUGUCCCCACGAGACAUGGUCAAGAUCAGUCACGACCAGCACCUGCUCCAAUUCAACUCGUACCCACAAGCAGGCCACCCUGCACUCCCAAGUCUGCCACAGGAUAGUGGCAGACUGGCGGCAGUGAGACCCCACACGAUGCCGGAACCACCGCCUCUUAUUUCCUCCACCAAGCCAGUGGGCUCCAUCACACAGGGCACCCCAGUGCAGUUGCACAGCCCAGCUCAUGGGUUGGACCAUGGGAAGAUGCCUCCUACACAGAUGGGCUUGCAUUGGAUGGAUCAGAGGAAAGUUGGUCCGUUCCCCGUGAUAAAGCAGGAACAGUUAUCCCCUCGCAGCUCGUCGUCUCAAGCAGACAACUUGUCGACCCAGGGGACACCUCAUGAUAGCCCCGCUGGAAGAGCUUCCAUUCCAGCUGUUCAGGGAGGUAGUAUCACUAAGGGCAUCCCAGGGACCAGAAUGCAUGAUUCCCCCAUCUCCUACCGAGGGGGCUCCAUCACUCAGGGGACACCGGCUGAUGUGCUGUAUAAGGGAACCAUAACCCGUCUGAUCAAAGAGGACAGUGCCACCCGAGCCGAGAGGGAGCGGGAUGAAGCACUGUCCAAAGCCCACGUAGUCUACGAGGGCAUAAGUGCGCACAUCCUCACAUAUGACCGCCCGCCUUCUCAGACCCCUAAAGAUGAGGGGAGAGGCCCUGGGCAGCCAGGGGAAAUUCUUGGCCUGAAGCGUCCAUAUGAUGUUAUGAGGGAUUCACUGUCUGCUGCCAACUGUGAAGGUUUGAUGGUUCGAGCCAUGCCUCACGAUAGGGACAGUCCACACCACACACCUUACAAGGAUGCUCACCAUAUCCGUGGUUCCAUUUCACAAGGUAUACCUCGUCAUCUGGACCCUCAGGAUGGCUAUCUGAGGAGGGAGGCUAAGCAGAAGAGAGAGGGCUCUCCACCCCAUGGACCUGGUUCACUUUCUGAUCCAAUGAAAGGCAGAGAGUCCAUGGUGCCCACAGUGAAGGAGCCUGGGCGCUCCAUCCACCUCAUUCCCAGGGAGGAGCUCAGACAGCCUUCUAAGGAGGGCAUCAUAACACAGGGAACACCCAUGAAGCAGGAAGCAGCUGGUUCAGGGAAACGUCAUGAUGUCCGCUCCAUCAUAGCCAGUUCACCACGUUCCUACCACAACACACCCCCACAUCUGGAAAUGCGUGCGGAGAGGGGGCGCUACGAAGAGGCACCCAAAGGGCGUCCCAGUGCAGUGGUCAGCACAGCUAGCUCGAUAGCCCGCUCCUCCCCUCUGACACUGGGGUCCGAGCAGGGAGGCAAGGCCCAUCACAGUCCAGUGGGCUAUGAUGACAAAAGCGCCUUAAGGAACCCUUACCCUGGACCCUCACAUCGUGGCUCCCCACUUUCCAGGGAGGCAAGCCAAAGGCAGCAUGAUGGUUCCAGUAAGAAUCAGCCUCAAGAACGUAAAGCCACACCAACCCCCAGGGAGAUGAGCGCUACCAAAUCACCAAUCCCAGGUGUUCCUGAUCAGCAGACCUAUGAGCGUCUGCUACAGGGUCUGGGAGCUGCAGAUGUUUACCGUCAGAUCCCCUUGGCCUUCGAUCCUGCAGCUCUGCCCCGUGGUAUACCCAUUGACCCAGCCUACUACUUGCCUCGCCACCUAGCCCCCAACCCAGCAUACCCUCAUCCCUACCCCUACCUCAUUCGUGGCUUUCCUGACACUGCAGCUCUGGAGAACCGCCAGACGCUGCUCAAUGACUACAUCACCUCCCAGCAGAUGCACCAGUGGCCUGCAGCAGCUGCCAUGGCUGCCCAGCGCUCAGAUCUGCUGAGGGGCCUCACUCCACGAGACCAGCCCCUUCCUCUGCAGUAUUCUGCAGCCCCUCGUGGAAUCAUCGAUCUAUCUCAGGUGCCACACUUACCUGUCCUGGUCCCUCCCUCUGCAGGGACAGCCGGUUCACCAAUGGAUCGCAUCACCUACAUCCCGGGGGCAAGCACCACCUUCCCUGGCAGGCCUUACACCACCUCCCCCAUCUCACCUGUUGGCUCCUCGCACAUGAACAAGAUGCAAGGCACGUCCUCGUCUUCAGAACGCGAGCGCGAAAGAGACCGCGAACGUGACAGAGAGCGCGAAAGGGACCGGGAGAAAGACAGAGAGCGGGAGAGAGAGAGGGAGCGCGAACGGGACCGGGAGAGAGAUCGCGAAAGAGAACGGGAGAGAGACCGCGAAAGGGAAAGGGACCGGGACAGAGACAGGGAGAGAGACAGAGAGCGCGACAGAGAGAAAGGAGGGUCUCUCGGAAAUGUGGAGCACGCCCCCAUUUGGCGACCAGGUACAGAGCACAGCUUGGCAAGCAGCAGUAGCAGUGUGAGACCUUCCUCCCAGCCGUACAGCCACCAGCACUCCCCAGUGUCCCCUCGCACCCAGGAGAACGUGCAGCAGAGGCCGAGUGUGCUGCACAACACUGGGGGCAAGAGUCUUUCUGUUGGAGAACACUCCAGCUCAUCUGUGUUAAGGUCCAUGGCCCCAGGGCCAGCCCGCUACCAAGGUUACCCUGGCCACCUCCAAAGGACAGGUGUGCCCCCUGAAGCCUACCCACCUGCCAUGGACUCGAGCAUAGCCAAAGAGCAGAGUCGCGACGCAGGCAAACACAGGGGAGGUCUACUCAAGCAUGUACAGGACCAGCACGGGCCCUCCAGUAAAUCUGACCCCAAGCUGUCCAGUCCCAGCCAAGGAGGAAUGUACCCAGGCUCCUAUACCUCGGCUUCGGGCCGGCCACAGCACCUGCUGCCUCCCCAGUCGGAUAACCCUCCUGGCCGUGGUGAAAGCGGUACACCUAGUAGGGAAAAGACUCAAAACAAACAGAUGUCCAUUCAGGAACAAGAGCUCCGAGUACUCGGUCCACAGAAGAUGGAGCAACAUGUUUUGUACCGUCCUCCGUCUGAGGAGAGGCUGUCCCCUGGCCAGCAGCCCCCGUCCCCCUGUGUGAAAGGCAGCCAGAGGGUGGUCACCCUGGCCCAGCACAUCAGUGAGGUGAUAACUAAAGACUACACCAGGCAGAGCCAACAGCAGCAGCAGCAGCAGCAAAGCUACCACGGCUCUCCUGUCCUGGACUUGACCCGUCCACCCAGUGCCUCCCAGCCACCGCCCACUUCACAGGAGUCUGCCCAGGGGUCCCGCUAUUCAGAGGGUCUUGGAGGAGAACGCAACAGAGAUAGGUCUCCCCCUCAGCCCAAGACAUCACCUAUCAGUGUUUCUAAUGAUGGCAUUGAACCAGUAUCUCCUGCUGGAGCGAACUCUGAACCCGAAGUCCAAGGAGGGGCCUCCUACCCCAAUGAGCAGGGAGAGCAAGGAAUGGGCUCCCGUUCCCCUCCCAACGCCUCCCAGCCUCCAGCUUUCUUCAGCAAGCUGACAGAGAACACCUCCGCUAUCGUGAGGACAAAGAAACAGGAGAUGAUCAAGAAGAUGACCGUGGUGGGAAAUGACGACGAUUUCAAUGCUGGUCAACCCGGAACAGAGAUCUUUAAUAUGCCAGCGUCUACAAUAGCAGGAACCGUGAGUGUCCGCAGCCACCCAGCUCCAGAGGCACCUGGUAACUCAAUAGGCCUGGAGGCCAUUAUAAGAAAGGCCUUAAUGGGCAAAUACGAUGAGUCUGAGGAGCGCUCCCCAUCCAACGCUGCUAACCAGAUGGGUUCCAGUGGACCUGCUGCUAUGUCUGAUGGACGUGCAGAGGACUGUUUCUCACAAGGUGGUGGGAAGUCCUCAAAGGGCAGUGGGCGCUCUAAUGGGCGCAAAGCAAAGUCUCCAGGACCAGGCCUGUCAGGAGGGGAGAGACCGUCCUCUGUGUCCUCAGUCCACUCAGAGGGAGACUGCAACAGACGAACUCCCCUUACUACACGUGUCUGGGAGGACCGACCUUCAUCUACAGGUUCAACUCAAACCCCCUUCCCGUGCAACCCGCUGAUCAUGCGUUUCCCCAGCGGGACGGUGUCUGCUCCCUCCCCAUCCUCCGGCCAGCCAGGGGGCCAAGGCCCGGGAUCAGUACCUGGACAGGGCCGCUCCUGGGAAGAGGAGCCCAAGCCUCUGCUCAUGUCUCAGUACGAGACCCUGUCUGACAGCGAGUGACCCGAAAUGCUAACGCACAACAGGACCCGCUAAACAGUCCACCACCUCCGUGCUGCUGCAGCCACACAGACACACACAGACACACACAGACACACACACACACACACACAAACACACAAACACACACAUAUAUAUAUAUAUAUACACACACAUACACACACACUCUCACAGGGCGUACAUCUACCGAGGCAUCUGCAAACCUACCUGCACCAUUCCACUCUGCAUUUCCUCCAUUGGUCGUCAAGCAAGGAUCGCAGAGCACCGUCGAGCUGGAACACUGCUGCUCCGUGUGUGCGUGUGUGUAUGUUUGUGCUUAACGUGUAAUGCAUUCACUCCAGGACUACUCUAAAGGACAAAUCACUUAUUUUAUUUUUAACUUUACUACUUUUUCCUCACUGGCCUUAUCAAUACAGACACAUUGACCUGCACCUCUCGGGGUGCACCGCACUAAUGUGCUUACACGUGUGUGGACGGGGACUCGGAGGUCGUGUUGUUGGUCUGGUCAGGAGCCUGACGGCGGCUGCUCUAGUGACAGAUUUCGACCACAGGUCUGCCCUGAGAGCAGCGGCCCACACAGCGAGGACCCUCGUACGUUUCUUCACAGUGAACUCCAGGUGCAGGCAGCCUGUGCACUGCUACCACUACAAGAAUACGCUUGAGGGACGGGAGGAGAAUCAACAUCUGUUUUUUUUUUCUUGUUUCGGUUCUUUUUUUCUCCUUUUAACUUCAGUCAGUCCAGUCCUGUGUUUGGAAAGUGAGCUGAGACCUUUAGUACAUUUUGAUGGUGAACUUUUGAUGGUUAUAUUUGUCGUCUCUUAUCUGCAAUGAUGUAUCUUUUUUGGGGUGGGGGCGGGAGGCAGAGAUUGUUAUGCGGGAGGGUCAUAUCAUUGGUUUACAGGGUAAACAUGCUGUUCAUUGCUGAUGUCAUCAUAUAUUCGGGGAGGGUCCUGAGGAACGGCAAAGGCCUGUUGACUUCAGGCAUCCGUGUGGGGGGAGAGAUGUGUUGCCAGAUGGAUGGCACUGAGACAAGUGACACUUUCUCACUGUUUUUAUAUUAACCAUGUCUGUGUUUGUUGAAACAGUUUUUGGAUAUUAAGCACUUAGUUGUCAAUCUGUUCACAAUGGCAUUUUUAAGAAUCUGUGUUUCCUGGGGCACGUGAAAAAUGGACUCAAGAACAGCAUAGAAAUCCCACUGUGGAGGUAUCCUUUAACACCUAUCUGUUUUAUUUUGGUCUUGCCACUGAUCAUUUUUUCGAAUGCUCCCGCACUCAAAGCGACAAUCACAUCCCAGUGAACGACGACUCCGCCGCUUCGAGCAGGUGCAGACCAACCGUAAAGCUGCUUAAAGGCAAACUCCUCAGCAUCACAUGGAGUUUGCUCGCAUUAAAGAGGUGACACACACAAAAAAAAAGCCAUCUUUCUAUGACCCUUAGUCCAUGGCGGCGGCGGCUUCAGCCGGCCCGCUAGAAACUCGUCUAGGAGCUGUUGUGACGGUCUGACCUCUGACCUUUUUACUGAGACUCAACUCCUUGUCCAGGCAGAUUUUGUACAGUUAUUUCCUAGUGUUAAGUGCCAUUUAUUUUACAUACACAAUACAGUACUGAAGUUACCAAGUGACGCACAAUUUUUCUUUUGGCCCCCCAUGCCAGGGUUUAUAUACUGUCCGCGCAGGGAAAUCUGAAAACAAAAAAGCAAAUGAAACGUCCUUUUUUAAAAUUUUUGUGUGCAUUUUUUUUCUCUCCCUCUUCCAUCACAGCCUUAGCUUUUAACAGUUUCUCACUCAUUAGAUUCAUCUUCUAAACAAGACAAUGCUGUAUCACAGGUGUGUUCUCCACUACGAGACCUAUGACAUUAACAAGUGUACUUCAUCGCACCCUCUGUGUUUGUACGGGUUAGAGGAAGUCGAGGGGAAGGCAUCAGAAAGCAUUCUGGUUAUUUUGUGUAACGUUAAGUUAACAUAUACUCAGAUUUUACUGGCAGUAUUUUUUAAAGGUCACCCUCUCUCUUGUGAAUGAUGCAGUGAUGUGAAAUGUUUCCGCUCCGUGACUUUGUGCAACCAGGGACGGAUUCUGUCCUCUGGCUUGAACACUCUGGAGGGAACAGAGUGAUCUUGUUUAAGUAGUUCAGAAGAGCGUCUCUCCCGUCUCUAGUUCAUUUUGUCACAGUGGAGAAUAACAGCACAUACACACACACACACACACACACACACACACACACACACACACGACUGUUAUAGGACUACCUCCUCUUCCUCCUUCAAUCCUACCUGUUGAUGGUGAAGCAUCUAAGCGUGCCACACCUGCAAGAACGCUCAUCUCAGCCAUGUUUUAGGUCAGAUUUUUCUAUCAAGGUGAAGACUGAUUGAGGGUUUGUAAUUUCAUCAGGCAAGGCAAAAAAAAACUACAAAAAAACAACCCCAAACAGCCAGGCUUUGUAUAUCGGUCUCUCCUCUUGUUUAUCAUUUAUCCACUGAUGAAAUUUAAGAAUGUGACGGUAAACAGACAAAGCCAUAUCCAGCUGUUCCCUAAACGGAUGACGAAACUAAUGCAUUGUUUUUAAAAGUAUACUGAAAUGAAUUUUAACACGCAUCCAAUUUUUUGUUUUUGUCCUUGUUGUCUUUAUUCAAUCCACAGCUGCUUUAUUACCAAUCAAAAAAAAAAAAAUCAUUCAAAACUUAAAAAGUCAAAGUUGAUUGCUGAUGUUUUUUCCCCCGGACUGUCCGAGGGGUGG